CAGUGCCUCACAGACAAAAAGGAAAAACUUUCGCGCCAAUUUUAAAAUGACAGCUCGAAUACCGCGGAUUCAAAAUGUGAAAACAAAAAUUAACUUUUUCUUUUUAAAAUAACACAGUACAAUAUUUUUAUUAAAUGUGAUUUUUUAAGACUUUAGUACAAAAAUGUGUGUUUUAUUGAAGACAUUUUGGUGGUUUUUGUGUUUGAAUGUUAUUUUGUGUAGCAGUAGAGUGCCAUAUCGGAGCGAUGAGGGGUAUCCAACGGGACUAAUGUCUGUGUGUCCAGGGUCAACGAAGCCAGCGACCAUCCCUCGCAGCCAGCUGAGACACCUGUUCUUCGUCGUGCAGGGCAAGGGUAGCCGACAGAAGUACACGUACUGGCACGCCAAGGACAUCGCCAAGGAUCCCAGGAUUGAUUUCAAGAGGAAGACGGUGGUGAUCCUGCUGGGCUACCUGGACAGCAGCGGGUUCCCCAUCGCGUCCAUGUUCGCCAACGAGUAUGAAGCAAGAGGAUACAAUGUCAUCAUAGUCGACAACCAGCGGUUCGCCACCGUGCACUACUAUCUAGCGUCCCGCCUCAUGCGUCCAGUAGGUCGCCACGUGGCGGCGGUGCUGGUUCAGCUGAGGCAGUCCGGCUUGGAGCCCGGCGGCGUGGAGCUGCUCGGCUUCAGUCUCGGGGGGCAGACUGUCAGCUACGUCGGCGCGCACUACCAAGCGCUUACUGGCAGGAAUGUAUCCAAGAUCACUGCGCUGGAGCCCUCCGGACCGUGCUUCAGGACCCUGGGUCCAAAAGACCGUCUAGACGCAUCCAACGCUGAUUAUGUGGAAGUAAUCCACACGAACAUCGACGGCUUCGGCAUGGCAACCAGAAUGGGACACGUGGACAUCUACGUCAACGGUGGAGAGUACCAGCCCUCAGACAUCACCAUGUUCCCCUGCACUGUCACUUGCAGCCACUUCAGGGUCCUCACUCUCUGGGUUCAGGCUUUAAAGAACCCGAGGAAGUUCGUAGCUAUUAAAUGUGACUCCAUACAGCAAGCCAGAGAAGCCGACUGCUUCAAAAAUGUUCCUUUAGAAACUAAUUUAAUGGGUUUAGCAGUAGAUAAAUCUAAACAUGGGAUAUUUUAUCUAUCAACGGAUAAGUCUUUUCCGUUUUAUCUAGGAGAAAAGGGAUUGGAUCCUGAUUUUGUCUAUUGGAAAAGGAUAACUGACGUCAAUGAUGGGAAUGAAACGGAGAUAUAUACGUAGGUAAGGGUUGGUUGUGGUUGGUGUGCUAAAUGUGAUAAUAUU